GAGAGUUGCAGGAAAGUCAACCAACACCAAAAUUUGAAGGUUCUAAAUUGAUAUUAAAUGGUUCAUUAUAUUAUAUAUAUAUAUAUAUAUAUUUUUUUUUUUUUGGGUAUUUCUCUGAUCUCUAAUAUCAAUGGAUUAUGAAAAACGAUAAAGGUCAACUUUCUUUCAGAUAGGACACAGAAUUCAAAGUCUGACCUGCAAAGUUGCAUUAUAAGAAUUUUGUAACAUGACUAUUGCCAUUGGAAGUAGGUGGAUGAGAGCUUCAUAGAUUUAAAAAAACAUCAAUUGGGAAAAUUGUUUAUGCCCAGAAAGGCUGCUUUAGCUGUAAUUCAAUUGUGUUCUAUAACCAUAUAUACAUUCAUUUCAGAUAAAGUGACAGAAUUUCUCCAUUCUUAAGUCAAGUGGCGGUUUUUAUUUUCUGUCAGUUUUUUUGUUGUGAGAUAGAGAGAUGAGUGGUGUUCUUUCCAUAAUCUUCCUGUUCUAUCACCUGCUUCUACUUUCUGAUUUUUCUUCUUCGUUUCCCCUCUGUACUAAUAACAGAUCACCUUUCAUCCCAAAGACCCCUCUUACUUUCUGUCAGUAUGAAGGUAGUGUGUGCUGUAACUCCACUGAAGAAUCGCAAUUCCAGAAUCAACUUAAAGCAAUGAACAUCUCUGAUCCUGGUUGUGCUUCUAUUAUGAAAUCAGUACUUUGCUCGAGAUGUGAUCAGUUUUCAGCAGAGCUAUACAGAAUCGAAUCAAAACCUCGUGCAGUUCCUGUUCUCUGCAACUCAACUGUUUCAGCAAACUCCACCCAGUCACAACAAGGUUUAAUUGACUCUUGCUCAGAAGUUUGGAACAAAUGCCAAAAUGUAUCUAUACAAAAUUCCCCCUUUGUAGCUCAACCACUUAAUUCUACUUCCAAGCUGACUGAUACAUGGCAUUCAAAAAGUUCUUUCUGUGGUACAUUUGGAGGAUCUUCUGAAGAUGAUUUGGUGUGUUUUGAUGGUGGUCCGGUUUCGUUAAACAAUACUGAAAUUCCAAGUCCCCCAAGUGGAAUGUGCCUUGAGAAGAUUGGGAAUGGAUCCUAUCUUAAUAUGGCAGCCCAUCCUGAUGGAUCUAAUCGUGUCUUCUUAUCAAACCAAGCAGGUAAAAUAUGGCUGGCAACUGUUCCUGAAGAGGGGUCAGGAGAAACAUUAGCAAUUGAUGAAUCAAAUCCUUUUAUUGAUUUAACUGAUCAAGUAUAUGCUGAGACUGCGCUUGGGCUGAUGGGAAUAGCAUUCCAUCCAAAUUUCCAAGAGAAUGGCCGUUUCUUUGCUUCGUUCAAUUGUGAUAAGGUUAAAUGGUCAGAAUGUUCAGGAAGAUGUUCAUGUAACUCAGAUGUGGGAUGUGAUCCUUCGACGCUUGGCUCUGAUAAUGGAGCACAGCCAUGCCAAUAUCACAGUGUCAUAGCAGAGUUCACUGCCAAUGGUACCACAUCACAACCUUCGGUUAAACCAAAGGAAGUUAGGAGAAUAUUCACUAUGGGACUUCCAUUUACUUCUCAUCAUGGUGGUCAAAUUCUCAUUGGACCCCAGGAUGGUUACUUGUACUUCAUGAUGGGAGAUGGUGGAGGUACUGGUGACCCUUACAAUUUUGCACAAAACAAGAAAUCCUUACUUGGGAAGAUAAUGAGGCUGGACAUAGAUAACACUCCAAGUGCAACAAGAUUUUCUAACCUUGAUCUGUGGGGGAACUAUUCUAUUCCUGGAGAUAAUCCAUUUUCUGAAGACAAGGAAUUGCAGCCUGAAAUUUGGGCUUUAGGAUUCAGAAAUCCUUGGCGAUGCAGCUUCGACUUAGAGAGGCCUUCCUACUUCCUCUGUGCAGAUGUUGGCCAGGAUCUGUUUGAAGAGGUUGAUAUAGUCACAAAGGGUGGAAACUAUGGGUGGCGUGUGUAUGAAGGACCUUUUCUUUACAAUCCUCCAGAGUCCCCUGGAGGAAAUACUUCUGCUACCUCCAUAACUACAAUUUUCCCUGUAAUGGGCUACAACCACUCUGAGGUCAAUAAGGUUGAAGGUUCUGCAUCAAUCACUGGUGGCUACUUUUACCGGUCCAUGACCGAUCCAUGCAUGUAUGGAAGAUACUUGUAUGCAGAUUUCUAUGCUGGUGGUAUAUGGACAGGUUUAGAACAUCCGAAAGAUAGUGGAAACUUCACUAGUUCUAAAAUUCCUAUGACUUGUGCUCUCGACUCUCCUAUCCAGUGCAGUGUUGAAGAUGGUAGCUCUCUUCCUUCGUUGGGAUUCAUAUUUUCUUUUGGACAGGAUAACAGAAAGGACAUCUUUAUCCUGGCCAACACAGGUCUAUAUAGAGUUGUUCGGCCAAGCCGCUGUAAUUACACUUGUUCCAAAGAGAAUACUACAAGUCUUCCACAUCCAAGGUCUACUCCACCUUCACCUUCACCUUCUCCCUCAACUGGUAGGAGGCUUCGCAUUUCAUUACUAGAGAUGAUGCUCUUUUUCAUUUCAUUGUUUAUGUUUGGUGUUUCAUGUAAUCUAUAAAUUAAAGUACCUUUCUCAUGUACAGAGAAGAAUGCUUUUUGUCAUGGUGAUUCAUUGAAAAUUUGUUGCCACAGUUAUUGUGGUAUUGACUUUA